AUGACAAGUUGAAGAGCUCUGUGUGCUGCGCAGUCAUCACCUGCUUAUAGAUCCAGAACACCAUCAAGUCAGCUGUUAAACACAUUUCCAGUUUGAUGUUUAAGUCCAGUAUAUCCGUAUUCUUACACAAAAUGAAGAAGCAGAACAUUAGGACCCUGUCACUUAUCCUCUGCAUGUUUUCUUACCUCCUGGUGGGAGCUGCUGUUUUUGAUGCCCUUGAAUCGGAGUCCGAAAGCUCCAGAAAGAGAAUUCUGGAGGAGAAGAGGACUGAUCUCAAAAAGAAAUACCAGUUUUCUGACGAGGACUACAGAGAGAUAGAGCGGAUGGUGUUACAAUCUGAGCCUCAUCGUGCAGGAAAGCAGUGGAAAUUUGCUGGCUCCUUCUAUUUUGCAAUCACAGUUAUUACUACCAUUGGGUAUGGGCACGCUGCUCCUGGAACUGAUGCUGGGAAAGUUUUCUGCAUGUUCUAUGCUGUCCUCGGCAUCCCCCUUACCCUUGUAAUGUUCCAGAGCUUGGGAGAACGGAUGAACACUUUUGUUCGGUUCCUGUUGAAGAAAGUAAAGAGAUGUUUUCACAUGAGGAAAACGGACGUGUCUAUGGAAAACAUGGUAUUGGUUGGUUUCUUGUCAUGUAUUGGCACACUAGGCAUUGGAGCAGCCGCGUUUUCAUAUUUUGAAGGAUGGACUUUUUUCCACUCCUACUACUACUGUUUUAUUACACUUACAACCAUAGGCUUUGGAGACUUUGUUGCUCUGCAAAAAAACGAAGCUUUGCAGAAAAAGACGCCAUAUGUGGCGUUUAGUUUCAUGUAUAUUCUAGUGGGUUUGACUGUAAUUGGAGCUUUCCUUAACUUGGUAGUCCUCCGAUUUUUAACCAUGAAUUCUGAAGAUGAAAGACGGGAUGCAGAGGAAAGGGCUUCUUUAAGGAGAGCGCAGAAUAGCAUCAGUCUGCAAUCCAAAAUGGUCAACAGGAGCAGAAGUUCCAUAUUUCUGCCAAUAGGCGAUAGGACAAGUCAGAUAAACCUCAUACCCCUAAUGCAGGAUGACUGUGAAAGGGGAAGACGCCGCUCUUCAAACGCAGCUUCGAGAGUGGGGUCGUUUUGCACCUGUAUGUGUUACAGAUCUCAUUUCUGUGAUAGUCCAUCACCGUCGCACCACGAGACACUGGGUUGUCAUACAAAUCCUGUUUAUUAUAAUUCUAUUUCCUACAAAAUUGAUGAAAUUUCACUGAGUACCCGGGACAACACUGGGUUUUCUUCUCCUGAAAGCACAUUUUCACCCAUCUGCCAACGCUACAAAAAUCAUUUCAGAGUGAGGCGAAAAUCUAUUUAGAGUCGUUUUCUGUGUUUCACUAAAUUCAUUUACUAGG